UUCGGAUACAACAAAUCGUACAGCCGAGUCUUUCAACUGUUUUGUAGUGGAAUUCCCCGGACCUGUGUGAAACUGUAUGGACUAACAUGAAGAGCCUAAAAGCGAAAUUUAGGAAGACUGAUGCCCACGAAUGGAGUAAGAACGACGAACGGCUCCUCGGCGCAGUGGAACACGGGGAGGUCGAUAAGGUUGCCUCACUCUUAGGGAAAAAAGGGGCCAGUGCCACCAAGCUUGACAGCGAGGGGAAGUCAGCUCUGCAUGUGGCAGCCACCCGUGGACAAACAGAGUGUCUGGCAACGAUUCUAGCCCACGGAGCCGAUUUGUCCGUUGUAGAUGCUUCAGGUUUUAGUGCUUUACAUCUCGCUGCCAAAAACAACCAUCAAGAGUGUGCCAAAAAAUUAAUACAGAGUAAAUGUUUGGUUGAUGCCGUGGACGGCUCAGGAAAAACCCCGCUUCAUCAUGCAGCUAUCAGUGGAAAUAACAUAAUUGUUCAGCUCUUGUGUGAGCACAGUUCUCCAGUUAACCUCAAGGAUACGGACGGUUUCACCCCCUUGCUGCUGUCUGCCAGGCAUGCCCACGCCGAGGUUUGCCGCAGCCUGGUCGACUGGGGCGCCGACGUCAACGCCUGCGAUAAGAACGGCAGGACGGCGGUGAUGCUGGCCAGCGAGAGCAGCUGUGCAGCUGCUGUGGAGGUGUUAGUGGAGAGAGGAGCAGACCUGCACGUCGUUGACUCGCUCGGUCACGAUGUCCUGCAUUACGCCAAACUGUCUGGCAGCAGCGAGGUGCGAGCUGUGCUCAACGCUGCACUCCACAGGCACCAGCCCGAGUCAGAUAAAAGUUUAGUUCAAAGCCCUCAGCAUGAUCAUGUGGCUAGGUUAAAUGAGGACAGAAGCACAACCCCCAAAAAACGAAAAGCACCUCCACCACCUAUAAGCCCCAUCCAGUUGGCUGGCAUUAUUUCUCCGCCUUACUUGACCCCGUCUGAAACUCCACUGUCAAGUAAAAGCGAUUCAUCGAAAAGGUUCAAUUAUAAGGAGGAGGAACUGAAGGGUGGGGUAUUGAAAGAGGAGAUAGAGAAGCUUCAGGAGGAGAAGAGUAUGCUGCUGGAGACCAUUGAAGAUCUGAAGCAGAUUGUGGAGCAGACUGAGCCCAAGACAAUACAUUCUAGGAGCACAGACUCAACACUGGUUGCAGCCCUACAAGCUAAGAUUGCCUCACUCUCCCUUGAAAACCAACAGCUUGCACAGAUAAUCAAGAAACGUCCAUCUCCGCAGGGUGAAGAGGGCAAGGAUGAGUCUCGGCCAAACAGCAUUGAUUCUAAUGCCUCCUUCCACUCAACACAUGCAGACUUUGAUCAGACCAGCGAGGUUCAUGUUCCAGGUUCAAAAGAUCAAGACCUCUUGGAGGUCUCCUCAUUGGAUGUUAGCGGCAGAUCUCUGAGACAUGUGGAAGAUGAGGAAGUCACGAAGGGUGGAAACGAGGAAGAAAUCCUGCUGUUGAGAGAUGCACUGCAGAAUCUUCAAGCUAAACUCCAAGAAACCAAGCAGGAGAAUCGUGCCCUGCAGGCCAAGCUCCAUCCUGACUCUCACAUAGAGGAAAUGAGACAGGACAGUGUGUCAGAUAACAUGGCUGAACUGCAGGCUAAACUUUCAGAUGCUCAGACACUUAAAACAGAGGAGAAGGUGGAACUCUCUGGUAAAGGGGAAGACCCCGUUGUGCAGAAGUUCCAGCUUCUGAAGACCUGUCUGGAACAAGAAGUAAAAGAACUGAAGGAAAAAUUAGCAAAGGCACAAGAGGAGAAGGAGCAUGAUGCUCGUAUCAUAAGGGAUCUUGAGGCUCGUCUUCAAGGUGGCCAACCACCUGAGGAGGAACUUCAAGCGCUUAAAAACUCUUACGGUGCUCUGGUGGAGAACAUCAAUCAGGAGAAAAGUCUUUUGAUUGAAAAAUACAAGGAAGCACAAGAAGAGAUCAAAAUGCUUCAGGAGGCACUUCGAGGCACAGUGCCCGUAGAAGCUGCUGCCAAAGAUUUUGAGGAGAUGAAAACGGAGUUGGCCGAGGUUAUUGAUGGUCUGCAAAGACGUCUUUUGGAGCUCUCAAAAUCUUACAGCGAGGCCAAAAGCGAACUCAGUGCUGCCCGCAGCCAACUUCAGGACAAAGCCUCCGAAUCCAGGGAUGGGCCGGAUGGGGCCUGUAUUACUAAAGACCAGCAUGAACAAAAAAUACAGGAGAUGGUUCAAAAAAUGAAGGAAACGGAAAACACGCUGAAGGACGCUGAGAUCAGACAUCAGGCAGCCUUAAAGGAGAUCGCCCAACUCAAGCAAGACGCUGAAACCCAAGCCCAGUCGUCAGUGGCUCUCGCAGAUCACACUCAGGUUGUGGCUUCCUUAGGAAGUGCCAUCAAGAACUUAGAGGCGGAAGCUGAGGAGCUGAAACAGCAGCUUGCUCAGAAGACCUUGCAGGUGGAUGCUUUGCAAAACAGGCUGACAGUUGAGAAAGACGUGACGCCAGAUGACUCCGUGUCCCGGCUGGAGCAUGAACAGAUGAGGGAGGGAUUAGAAGGUGAAAUCAGUCACCUUACAAACCUGCUUCAGGAUGCCCUGAGGAAGCAGGAUGAACUUGCUCUUGAGAUUACUGCAGCCUGGCAGGAGACAAAGGAUUGCAGGAAUGAGAAGCAGACUGCUCAGGAGCUGGCUGCAGCCAAGGAGCAGGAGAAUAAUGUACUAAACACCAAGUAUAAGGAGGCACAAGACGCAAUUGUGCAGCUGAAGAAACAGGUGGAGAGCCAUGUUGCUUCAGAAAGAGACAAGAAUAAAAAGAUUGAUGAUUUAUCUAGGGAAGUGACCAAACUAAAGGAUGCUCUGAAUAGCCUUUCCCAGCUGUCUUACACCACCGGCAGUCCCAAGAGGCAACAGAGUCAGCAAUUGGAAUCUCUGCAACAACAGGUCAAGCAGCUGCAGUUUCAACUCGCAGAAUCCAAGAAGCAACAUCAUGAAAUAGUCUCUGUUUACAGAAUGCAUCUCCUUUAUGCUGUUCAGGGCCAGAUGGAUGAAGAUGUACAAAAGGCUUUGAAGCAAAUUUUGAUGAUGUGCAAGAUGCCGACAGAAACCAAGUGAAGCUGUUUGGCCACAUCGGCUGACGCGCUGC